UUGAUGACCAAUCAUAGCUGGCCUUCUUUCCCUCCCAACCUCACCUGUUCUUUAAUACGGUUGUAAUACAGAGGUGUAUUUGACAUUUGGUAAGAAUGAAUUUCAUUCGGAAAUUUUCUGAAGAAAAACGCCAGAACUGGCUUAAAGUCGUUGAAUGUUUGUUGCUCCUUCGGAAAUCGUUGAAGCCUUUCAUCGAUAAGCAGACUGAGGAUUUCUUUAAGGAACUGCGCAAUGCAGGCGACCUGUGUCCGUGUGAGACGGAGUGCUGCUUUACAAAAGGGAAUCCCAGCAAGAGUCGUUUAUGUGAUGCGUGUUGUAAAUGGAAAGAAAUGAUACUGAACUACCAUAUCACACCGGGUGGAAGAGUGAUGUGGCAGAACUGUCAACCCCAUCAGUGGUCCAUAGAUAAAUGGGAAGUGGCUAAGGUGUACAUGCCGAAUGGCCAUAAGAAACAUAAAUCAGUUGGUGACUUCGACGUUGCUGCACUUCUGUCUCUCAUGAAUCAGUGCAAGCACUUCAGUAGGUUUGAGCUUGGUGAUUUGUGUGCUCAGGUUGCCAGUGUACGAAACAUUGUCAUGCAUUCUCCAAGUUGCCGGCUAGAGACAGAGGAUUUCCACAGAUGCCUUCAACAAAUCAAAGCCAUUGCUGCUGUGCUUGCAAAAUUUGAUGCCAAUUUCCAAGGCCUGUCUAGAGACAUCGAUGAGCUUCAGAACCUUAACUUCAGACUGAUGCUGUCUGAAGAAGAGGAAGUACGACAAGUUCUCAGAGAGCGUGAACAAAAACUGCUGCAAAUUGUCAAGCAAUUGAUGAAGGUGCUGAAGAGGAUGAAGAGAGUUUUCUGUCAGCUAGUACAAGAUUUGGCGGAAGUCUUAACUGCAUUGGAACCGGUAGAGGAGCUGAUUAACGAAAUAUCUGAAACUUUGCUUCAGAACCUUAACUUCAGACUGAUGCUGUCUGAAGAAGAGGAAGUACGACAAGUUCAGAGAGAGCGUGAACAAAAACUGCUGCAAAUUGUCAAGCAAUUGAUGAAGGUGCUGAAGAGGAUGAAGAGAGUUUCCUGUCAACUAAUACAAGAUUUGGCGGAAGUCUUAACUGCAUUGGAACCGGUAGAGGAGCUGAUUAACGAAAUAUCUGAAACUUUGGUGCGGUGUUUGGUUUGCACUCAAGAGUUGUCAUACAGCAACAAUACGUCAUCUAUGCUGAGACACUUGAGUGCCAGGCAUGAUAACACUCAUACCCAGCAAACCACUGACCCAGUCAACUCUGGAAAUCCUGACAUGUCCAGAAAGCAGAAGCUGGAUGAGGCCUUGGUGGACAUGAUUGUAAAAGACAGUCAGCCCUUUUCUAUUGUUGAUAAUGAAGGGUUCCAAAAUUUUGUUAAAAUCCUGGACCCAUCAUAUUCCUUAUCAAGCCGCAAAACUGUUAAGGCAAUGGUUGAAGCAAGGUUCGCUGAAACCAAAGAGAAGGCCAUAGCAGAUAUUAAACAGGCUUCAGCAGUUAGUUUGACUGCUGACAUGUGGACAUCGGUAAAUAUGGGCACAUACCUUGGUGUCACAUGCCACUAUGUCUCAGACCACCUAGAUCUGGCUACUGUUUGUUUAGGUGUGCAGUAUUUCCCUCUGGGCCACACAGCAGCUAAUAUUGCAGAUGCAAUGGCAAAUUUGAUGACAGAGUGGGAAAUAACUGAAAAAGUAUCUGGAAUGGUCACUGAUGGAGCUCACAAUAUUGUGGCAAGUGUUAAUCAGUUACAAGUCAGACAUAUUUACUGCUUUGCCCAUAUGUUAAAUCUUGUUGUAAAAGAAUCACUCUGUCAGACCACUGAGCUGGAAAACAUACGGAAUAGGGCCCGCAAAAUAGUGGCACACUUUAAGUCCAGUACAAAGGCAAAAGAGAAGUUAAGUUCUGCUCAAACUAAUAUGGGCAUGCCCCAAAAAAAACUCAUUCAAGAGGUUGAAACAAGAUGGAACAGCACUUAUGACAUGCUCCAAAGGCUAUAUGAGGAAAGAGAACCUUUAGGGGCAGCCCUUGCAUCGCUUGCCACCGACAUAGUGCCUUUCACAUCAGAUGAAUAUGCAGCCAUCGACAAGUGCCUGACUGUUUUAAGGCCUUUCUAUCAAGCGACUGUAGAGCUGUCUGAAGAAAGGAGAGUAUCUGGGUCAAAGGCAAUACCAGUGGCUAAAAUGCUAAGACAUGCCAUUGCUGCUGAACGUGCCCAAAUGGCUCCUUCUAUUGGUGCCACGCUUGCCAACCAUUUAAUAUCUAAUUUGGAUGAAAAAUUCUGCGGCUUGGAAAAGGUGAACUCUCUAUCUGUAGCCACCAUUCUGGAUCCCCGAUUUAAACAGGCUGGCUUCACAAAUCAAAUCAAUGCCACGGCUGCUAUAGAAAAGCUGACACGUGAAUGCACCAGUCUUAUCGAUGUGUCGGCUGAAGAUGUUCCCGUGGAGAAUGCGACAACAUCUGCCAGUGCGAGUAACGGAAAUUAUAACUUGUGGGCGUCACUUGACAAUUAUGUUGAGUCUCAGCACCGCACCAGCAGUGCACCUGCCAGCGCUACAGUGGAGAUCCAGAGAUAUUUAAAAGAACAAAUUUUGAGCAGAGCAGAGGAUCCACUAAAGUACUGGGAAGCAAGAAAGACAUUGUAUCCUACGCUGUGGAAGCUCGCAUGCAAAUAUCUUUGCAUCCCAGCAUCAUCGGUGCCAUGUGAGAGGAUAUUUUCUAAAGCUGGGGAGCUGGUCAGCAAGAAGAGGAGCCGACUGAAGCCUGCAACUGUCGAAAAAAUUAUAUUUCUUAAUAAAAAUCUAUAAAGACUCAUAACUUGC